AUGUUCCGAAGCAAACGACGAGCGACCGAACGGAAGAAUUGGGGCGUGGCUCCGUCGUCGAUGCCUGCAGAAAUCAUUUACCCCAGCCGAAUGUCCUUCUACAACACUCCGCCCAACCUGGGCAUUUCGCUGGAGGCGUUCGAAGAAUGGGCCAUUGACCGGCUCCGGGUGCUGACGAAGCUGCAACAGCUGCAACUGAGCGGAAAGACAGGGCUGAAAGACCUCGAUUCGGGCCUGAAGCCGACGCUGGAGAAGUACCUACCCCUGGGCUCAAGCCGAAACGUCUCUGACGAAGUGACACAAAAGCAGCGGCAAAAGGACCACUACUCGCAUUUCAUUCUGCGGCUGGUAUACUGCCGCACUCCAGAGCUGCGCAAGGAGUUUGUGGAGCGCGAAAAGCUGCUGUUUCGGUACAGACUGAGUUUGGAGGAGGGCGGCGAGAGAGACUCGUUUGUCAACUCGCUGGACUUUGAGUGGGAAAAGGUCGACGUGGACGAAUUCGAAGAUCUGCGGCCGUAUCUGGAGACGGUGUCACGUGACAAGGCCGACAUUGCGUCGCGUGACUACGUCAAGGUUGACUGGCAGAAGGUGGCCGAUCUGGUUGAUUCUCGUCGGGUGUUUUUGCGGGCUGGCAAAGUCUAUGUUCCUGCUUCGUUGCAGCAGAAUCUGGUUGUAAACGAGUUUGAGAGCCGUUUGGCUGUUGCCAUGGAGACUGCGGCCAUGUUGCUUUCUCGGCUGGAUGAGUCGACUCGCCUGAUGCCGAUUUUGGACCAUCUUGCGCAGUUUGGCGUGACCGAGACGUUCCAGAAGAAUGAGGCUCUGGAUGGCAAAAUUGGACCCUCCAACAUUGACUCUGUCGUCAAGCACAUGCCUCUGUGCAUGUCUCAGUUGCACACAACUCUUCGACAGAAGAACCAUCUCAAGCACGAUGGUCGGUUCCAGUAUGGACUGUUUAUCAAAGGUCUGGGCUUCUCUGUCGAUGAGGCUCUUCAGUUUUGGAGAGAGGCAUUCAAGGUGACGGACGACAAGUUCAACAAGGAGUACCAAUACAACAUUCUGCAUAACUACGGUCUCAAGGGUUCGGGCAAGAAUUAUGCGCCAAAGGACUGCAAGAGUAUCAUUGCCAACAAUCCCCCAGCCAACUCCGAGCUGGUUCACGGCUGUCCUUAUCGGUCUUUGCGUCCUGAAGAGUUGGUUGGACGGCUCAAGAAUAUGGGAAUUGAGGACCGCAUGGAACUGAACAAGAUCACCGACCAGGUGAAGAACACCAACUAUCAUGGAGCAUGUACCCGGGUUCUGGAGCUAACUCAUCCGGGUCUCAAGGUGGAGGAGGUGGUCCAGCAUCCUAAUGACUACUUUCUGAAGGGUUAUGGAUGGCAGAAUGGAUUGGAGGUGGCCUACACAAAGUAG